AUGAACAAUCAAUUGCAGCAACAUCAAUUUAAAUAUUAUCAAUAUUACUUUUUGAGCCAUUGUCAUAGUGAUCACUUUAAAGGGCUUGAUGAUAGAUUCUUUCAGAAUGCAUCGGCAAGUGAUGAGACAUGCAUUGUUUGUCAUCCGAUAACUAGAAAUUUGCUUCUUGCACUUUAUCCAAAAUUAGAUAAGGAUAGAAUAUUGGCUAUCGAUUUAUUGCAACCUACUUUAUUGACUGUGAGAGGUGCAUCUUCUAAGGAACCAAAACAUUUCAUGUGCACAUUAUUAAGCUCUAAUCAUUGCCCUGGUUCCUGUAUGUUUCUAUUUGAAAUUGCCAAGCCAGGUUCUCCAAAUGAAGUGGAAAGUAUAUUGUAUUGUGGUGACUUUAGGGAUCCACCAUCAGACACUAUACAAUAUUUGAAAUCAAAGAAAAUUUCAAAGGUUUAUAUUGAUGACACUUUUUGUGACCCUUCUAAUUUCCUUAAUUUACCAAAGCGAUCUGAUAGUAUCAAGGAGCUUAUCAAAUUAAUAGAAAAGGAAAGAGCAAAACAAAGAGCUGUUUAUAUUGCACUUGAUUUAUUGGGAACGGAAAGAGUUUUAUUCGAAUUAGUAAGCCAUUUCAAGACUAAAUUAUUUUGUGAUUAUGAGAAUUUGAAUCCUAAAAGAAGAAAGGAAAUUGAUUGUAUGAAAUCACUCAAAGAAAAUAUUUUCACACGAGAUAAGGAGAAAACUUUCAUUAGAGUUGUUUCCAAAACCACCAUCAAAUCACUAGCUGAAUUACUGAAAAAGGAAGAUGACUGCCCACUUUUGAUAUGUAUCUCUACAAUGUUUCUCAAAUAUUUGAAUAAGGAUACUCGUGGAAUGUCCUCUAGUUUUGAUAGAGGAUCUAGCACUUAUUUCCAGGAUGGUAUUUUUAAAAUAUUGUAUUCAUUCCAUUCAUCUCACAAGGAAAUUCUCAAAUUCUUAGAACAAGUAUUUGGAUCGAAUGUGAAGGAGUAUCCUUCCAUCAUUUCUCUCAAUCCUCACCAAACAUCCUCUAAAAACAAUAAGAAUCUUCUCGAUGACAUUCGUAAAGGAACCUCUUCCACUAAGGUUGAAGAUGAUUCCAAAGAUUAUGGAUUCUUUUCAGACACUGAAACCCUUUUCAAGGAGGAACAUGUUGUCAUUAAGGACAACUUUCUUGAGACCCUCAUUGAAAAGAGGAGAAGCAGUUCACAGAGAGAUGACGAAGAAUUAUUCUCUUCUCUUGAAACAGAACCAUACACAGCCAUACCAGAGGAAGAUCUGGAUGCAGAAAAACUCUUCGAAGAAUUCAACUCUCAACAGGACGAGCUCGUCACACCAACCACUUCUCAUCCAAUAACCUUCUCGCUGAUGAGUCCCUUCACUCCUCAGCCACCAUCAUCACAAAAGAAGAGACUCAACUCAUCAUCAAACGAUGAGUCUUUCAACAUGUUAAAUCUCAGUGAAGAUGACAAUACACCAAAACAAUCGGAAAAGAAGAAGAAAAAAUUGGAGUGA